AUGUGGACAGACUUACAGUCGUAUGGAGUACUUGAAACGCCACCAGCGAAAACUGAUGUCCUCUUGCGCCACCGCCGCCGCUGUCACCCCACCCCGCCACCCCGGGACCGCUCAUCGCAGUCGCCCAUGCCCCCGGCGAGGGCGCACCCCACUGUCCCUAUCUCGUCCUCGCGGACGUCGGACCGUGAAGCGUCCCCUCAUCGUCCAGGCGGAAGCGGCAGCGGUAGUGCCGGCCGCAAGCAUGCCCGCACGUCUGGCGGCUCAGUCAGCGAGCACCCCAACACGCGCCCCAGGCUAAGCGAGGAAGACGAGGAUGAGGAUAGAUACGGUUCAAGGCUAACCCGCAAUGGGAUGGGCAACGGCGGCGUCUUUGGCGUGUCGAACAACUACUACAAUGGCAACCCCGUCUCGACCGAGAACUACACGCCGGGUCUCCUGCCCAUGUUCCAGAACGCCACAGGAGCAUUCCACAACAUGCACGACCCGAACCACCUCGAGGACGCAUCUGUCCUUCUCUCGAUGGCCUACCCCGGCGGCGUCCCCGGCGCCAACUCCAACGCGGACACUAGUCCAGUGGACGCCAGCGCCACCAACUGGGAGGCCACCGACGCGGCCACGCUCAACCUCCUGGCGGGCGACAGCGGCAACGGGGAUGCUGCGGCCGCCAUCGAAUCGGCCGCCGCCGUCACGACCGAGAAAGGCGAGAAGACUGUCGAGACCGAGUCGAGUUUUAGCUCGGGCGCCGCCGAUAACCCGGCUCGGCCGGCGGCGCCGGGAGCUUUGCUGCCCGAGUCGAUGGGAAACGCACUCGCCAACGCCAUGGACUGGCUGGCGGGCAGCACUGGUGUUGACAACCCGCAUGAUGAUUCGCCCUUGUCUGACGCUUCACGUCUCCCCUCAUUCCACAUGACCUCUUUGUUCCCACCCAACUUUGGCUCACCCGGACUCAGCUCGCCCGGCCCGUUGUCCAACGAGACGACUGCCAUGGCUAUUGCGGCUGCGGCUGCCGCAGCAGCUAUUUCAGAGGAGCAACCCCCCUCCACCUCCACCUCCACCCUGUCAACGACAAACAUCAGCACCAUCAACAGCAACGGCAACGGCAGCAUCCCCGAGGACGACGCGGCCGCCAUGGUUCAGGCCAUCCUCGAGCAGCUGUACAAGAACGAGGUUCCCGAGACUCGGUCGAACCCUCACCCCGAGCGUCCCUUGCUGCGCAUUGCCAGCAAGGAGGUCCUGGUCCGUGCAGGCGACGAGUGCCCCAAAAGCUCGCGCUUCUACCUGCCAGCCGACCGAUUCACUGGGUGCUACCAGAUCCCACACUGGGCUCUGCCGCCGCUCCGCACGCUGUCCGUCAUGGCGGCGCGCACAUAUUACUCUGUCCUUAACCACUUCCCGUUCGUCCACGACCCAACGUUCCAGUUGAUCGACACGGCGUCGUGCCUUGCGUUUGCCAUCUGCACUGUCGGAGGCAUUCGGCUGAGCAGGACCAAUAAGUCAACCAGCAACCUCCUCAUGGGUGACACCCCGGCUGCGAGCGCUCCGUCACCAAUGUCCGCAGGCGGAGUCUGGGAGGGUGUUGGAACCGACUUCAAGGUCGCGGCCGACACUGAGGACCCCGAGGACCAGCGCCGUGUACUCGAGUGGGAGGCCGGACAGAUUGUCCGCCACGAGAAGACGAACAUGCUCGUUAAGUCGUUCUCUCUCGCGCAGGGCGUCCUCAUGACCGAGUACAACGUAGCACUCCUUCAGGCGCUAAUUCUCUACCAUGCCCCCUACUUCCUCUCCAACAACGACCAGGAGCGGCGCCACGCCAACAUGUUCUUGGGCACCAUCGUUAAUGUUACACGCCAGAUUGGCUUCUUCCAGGCGGGGAUGGAACACACCGACCCCAACUCACAUCUUCCUCCUGCGGACUCUGCACCGGCAGACCUCGACCGCGUGUGGCGCCGCUGGAUCCAGCUCGAGUCGCGCCGCCGCACCGCGUAUCUCGUGUAUCACCUUGACACGGUGUCGGCGCUCGAGUCGUCGAUCUCGCCCAUCAUCACGCCCUCUGAACUUGCAAACAUUCCCCUGCCUGCGCCGAACACGCUCUGGCAGGCCGAAACUGCCCAAGCCUGGGCCAAGGCGGUGCAGACGUACCGUCCCAUGACGCUCGACGAGGCUAUCCGCCGCACGUUUGGGCUGGCUUCGUCGGGCAGAUUCGACGAGGUUCCCACGAUCAAGGAGUUCCAGCGCGAUGUCCUCGCUGAGGGCGAGUACGGACCAUUUGCACGUACUGCCGUUGUCGUGACGCUCGUCCGCGGCGUGAUGGACCUCGGCGAAGGUCGGCGUGACCGAGGCGACUGGAGGGACCUGACCGACCUCUGGCUGUCGACUGCACACCUCCGGCCGGCCGACGUCUGUUACUCUUCCGACGGCAAGGACCUCGGCGCGUGCACGCAGGAAGGGCUCCGCGCUCGUUUCGCGCUUGCGCUCCAAAGAUGGCGCGAGGGCUGGCUGCACGACCCGCUGUGUAACAGCAUGUCGGCGAGCACGAGCCCCUCGUCUGAAGUGCUCACGCCUAACCUCACGCUCGAAGUACUGACUGGCGACCGCUCGCCGCGCCCACAGGGCAAGCUGUCGUACUGUGAGGAGGCGAUGCCGUUCUUCUACCUUGCGCAGGGCCUACUGAGCAAGCUGGGGACUGCGUCCGCGUCAGACAGCAAGAAGGGCGGCAAGAAGCGCCGCAACGCGUUUGCGGAGAUCUCGUACUCUGAGCUCCUCGAUGCCUCGCGCACGCUGGCGCGUGCAGGUGGAACCUAUUCCUCGGGCCCAACAGCCUAUUCGUCGGGCCCAAUUGCCUAUUCCUCGGGCCCAACCAACCCGUAA